CAGGGCUUGCUGCUGGAUCAGGCGACGGGCGUAGGGGACGGUAUCCCGCCGACGUACGUGACCUCGAGCGCGGGUGAGACGUACGCAUCGAUCACCAUGUACGUGACGGCGCCCUCAGAUGCGGCAACCUGCGAGGUCUACCGCAACAACGGCGAGGGUGGCGACACCAACGACGAGGCGUACGCAGGACCCUGCAACACCGAGUUCACGGCGGCCAAUCUGGUGACCGACCGGAACUACAUGUUCAGGGCACGAGGCGUGCACGCCGACACCACGCCGGGCCUCUGGAGCGCGGCGGUGACCUUCAUCAGCGCCGGCCUCCCCGAAUUCCAGGGAGUGCUGCCCACCAUCACCAAGCGGGGCCCCGAUGCGCUGGAGGUGAGGUGGCAGCUGCCCGACAACGGCGGCUCGCCGGUGCUGGGCUACCACGUGCACAUGGAGGCUGGAGGGGACGGAGUCUGGCAGAGCGUGUACGACGGCACCAACGCCCCCAGUGUCAUGAGCUUCCUCGCGGAGGGCCUCCACACGACCGUCGCCUACCAGUUCCGGGUGUACGCGGAGAACCGCGUCGGCAGGAGCGCGUACGCGCAGGCUUCCGCGACCAUCGAGGACAUGAUGGCGGCGCCGCUGUCCCGCACUUUGCAGGUCGAGACGGCCCUGCUCUCCAAUGUGCAGACGACCAUCGCCCUGCAGUCCGUGAACCCUACGACCGGGUUGGACGACACCCAGGAUCUCAGGAGGUUCGUGCUCUCCGUGCAAGACGUUUGCGCGCUCGAUAUCACUGGGACCAUCUGCGUCCGCGUCGAGGCUCCUCACCCAGAUUACGCAGAGGACGUCCUCGGAGACCCCUUGUGCUGCGUGCACUCCGAGUACGAGAGCGAGGGUGCGUAUCUGCUGUCGUACACCCUGCAGAAUGCCGGGAAGUACUCGGUGCUAAUCCACGCAAUCGAGGCGGGAGGUCUCCUCGGGCAGUAUUGGGACAACCAGUGGCUCUACGGCAUGCCGAUAGUGGCGCAGCAGGACCCAGACAUGGUGCUGGACUGGGGCACUGGGGCCAUUGCAGGCCAGGCCUCGGACUUCCUGUCGGUGCGGUGGACUGGCUUCGUGAUGCCGGACUACUCCGAAAACUACACGUUCUACGUGGAGGUGGACGACUCGGUGAGGCUCUGGAUCGACGGCGUUAGCAUCAUCGACAAGUGGGACGAGUGUUGCCAGGAGUUCUGGGGCUCCGCCAUGCUGACCGCCGGCGAGCUGACGUCGGUGCGGCUCGAGUACCGCGAGGUCGCAGGGCUGGCCCUGAUGAAGCUGCAAUGGGCCUCAUUCUCCACACCGAAGAGCCCCAUCCCUGCUGACAAGCUGUACAAGGGACCUUUCAUCUCCGAUGGGCCCAUAUUGGUGGAGGUCACGACGGGAGCGGUGGAUGCUAGAAGCAGCGAGGCGUUCGGGGACUGCGUGUAUGCGUCCAUCGCGCUGCAGCUGUGCACCUUCUACAUCCAGGCAAAGGAUGCUGCGGGCAAUAACAUGAACACCAACACCGACAUAUUCCAAGCGGCCUGGCAGGGCGAGGAACCCUUUACCACCGUCUCGCUGCCCGUCGUGGCGGAUGCCAUGGACGGGCUGUACAAGGUCGAGUUCAUGCUGAGCAAUGUGGACACAUACACUCUCACCGUCUCCCUCGGCUCCACUGGCAUUCCCAUCCUCGGCAGCCCUUUCGAGCACGUCGUUAGCCCAGGCGGUGUCUCCCCAGCCCAUUCGACAACGACCGGUUCGGGAACUUACGAGUUCGUGGCUGGAACGCCUGCCGAGUUUGCCGUGCAAGCGAGGGACGCAUACGGGAAUCCUUUAGCGGACGACUCGUGCAACAUCAGCGUGUCGAUAGAGUGGGAGUACUACACUAUGAACACCACCAUGGCUGUGCUCGAUGAUACCAGCGUCAACACGUAUGAGUUCGGACGAUACUUCUUCGGAGAGGUGACGUACGCUGACUCCGGCGUGUACGAAGUACGCUACAACGCAUUGCGGGAGGGGAUGCACAAGUUGUACGUGAGGAUCAAUGAGGAGAACAUGCAGGGGUCGCCCUUCACGCUGAGAGGCUCCUCAGCAGCUGCCCCGUACGGCCCGAAGUCGAUCACUGAGGAGAACAUGCCGCCGGCGACGGCCGUGGCUGGCGUGGCGAUCACGUUUCAGGUCCAGCUGCGCGACGCCUACGGCAACCUGCUCUCCUCGUGGCCGGACGUGCUCACCGUCUCUGUCACCAACGAGCCACCCACAUCGGUGGUUGACGAGGGGACCUGCACAGCCGUGGCGAGCAGCACGGGUCUCUUCACCUGCAGCGUGGUGCCCACCAUCAGCGGGGACCGCUACGUCUCGGUGCAGGUGCUGGAGUCGAAUUCGCUGGCCAAUGGCGUCGAGGUGUCCAACCUGACGGCGGUAGAGCCGACGUCGCUGGGAACGGUUUCUGCCUUCCAAGGCCCGUUCCCUAUAUACGUCGCCCCCGGCGAUCUGCACGCCGGCUCCUCGAUCAUCUACGGGCUCGAGGACAGCUACGUCGCCGGCACGCGUGUCGCAGCAACGAUUCAGCUGAGGGACCAGUACGAGAACAACCUCACGGCCUCCGUUGAGAGCCUCAACCCGGUGGUAUAUUUUGGGGAGAACUUGGCCGAAUACAUUACCGACAACGACGAUGGCACAGUGACGGUCCUGAUCGGCACAAUCCUGGCAGGAUCAUUCCCGGUUCAAGUCACGCUGGACGGCGCGUACAUCAAGGACAACCCCACGGAUGAGAUCGUGUCGUACAACACCUUCGCGCGCUACGACGGCACGUCGUGCGACGUGCCCGCGCUGAUCACCGCUGGAAUCCAGCAGACGUUCCAGUGCUUCCCGAAGGA